AUCAAAUAUAUAACUAGAGUAUCCAAUCUGGUCACGUUUUGUGUUUCAUUCUCUCACUCAACUUGUACGAGUUAACUCAGCAGCCUCCAUGGAUCCUACUCGCGCGUUUGUUAAGAAUGUCAAGCGUGUUGUUGUUAAGGUAGGAACUGCGGUGGUUACACGAAGUGAUGGAAGGUUGGCUGUUGGUAGACUAGGAGCCAUAUUCGAGCAGCUUGAGAAGUUAAACUCCCGCGGAUUUGAAAUAAUUUUAGUCACUUCAGGUGCUGUAGGAGCAGGUCGCCAGAGGCUUAAAUACAGAAAACUGGUUAAUAGCAGUUUUGCUGAUCUUCAGAAGCCUCAAGUUGAACUUGAUGGAAAAGCAUGUGCAGCUGUUGGACAGAACGGCCUCAUGGCACUUUAUGAUACAUUAUUUAGCCAGUUGGAUGUGACGUCAUCUCAACUCCUAGUGACCGACAAUGAUUUCAAGAAUGCUGACUUUAGAGUGCAGCUUGGUCAGACAGUGAACUCUUUAAUAGCACUGAGGAGCAUUCCAAUUUUUAAUGAAAAUGAUGCAAUUAGUACCAGAAAAGCUCCAUACGAGGAUGCCAGUGGCAUAUUCUGGGACAAUGACAGUUUAGCGGCCUUACUGGCUAUGGAACUAAAUGCUGAUCUGCUGUUGUUGUUGAGUGAUGUGGAUGGUCUUUAUAGUGGUCCUCCUUGUGAUCCACGGUCAAAGCUACUUCACACGUAUGUAAAAGAAACACAUGAAGGAGUGAUUGCCUUCGGAGAUAAAUCACGGAUGGGCAGAGGGGGGAUGGAUGCUAAAGUUAAAGCUGCUGUUAAUGCAGCUUACAGUGGUACACCUGUAGUUAUUGCCAGUGGAUUUGCCACUGACAAUAUCAUAAAGGUACUAAGCGGUGAAAGAGUUGGAACGCUUUUUCAUCAAGAUGCGGGUUCAUGGGUUUCUUUCACUGAAGUUGGUGCACGUGAAAUGGCAGUUGCAGCACGUGAUUGUUCCAGGAGGCUUCAGGCCUUACCUUCAGAGGACAGAAGGAAAGUUUUGUUGGAUGUAGCUACUGCCCUGGAGGCGAAUAAAAGUCAGAUCAUUGAGGAGAAUGAAGCUGAUGUUGAAGCUGCAAAGGAUUUUGGUUAUGAUGAAUCAUUGGUAGCUCGUUUGGCACUGAAACCCGAAAAGAUAUCAGCUCUAGCAAAUUCUGUACGCAAACUUGCCGACAUGGAAGAGCCCAUAGGCCGUGUUAUAAAGAAAACAGAGCUUGCAGAUGGACUCAUUUUAGACAAGAUAUCAUGCCCACUGGGUGUUCUGUUAAUUAUUUUUGAGUCUCGACCUGAUGCAUUAGUUCAGAUAGCCUCCUUGGCUAUCCGAAGUGGAAAUGGUCUACUGUUGAAAGGUGGAAAGGAAGCAAGGCGCUCAAAUGCAAUCCUGCACAAGCUGAUUACAGGUGCAAUCCCAGAUACAGUCGGAGAUAAGCUUAUUGGACUCUUGACAACAAGAGAGGAGAUUCCUGAUCUACUUAAGCUUGAUGAUGUGAUAGAUCUUGUCAUCCCCAGAGGCAGCAACAAACUUGUAUCUGACAUAAAGAAUGCAACAAAAAUCCCUGUUCUUGGUCACUCUGAUGGCAUUUGUCAUGUUUAUGUUGAUAAAUCGGCUAUUUUGGACAAGGCGAAGAAAAUUGUCUUGGAUGCAAAGACUGAUUACCCAGCAGCCUGUAACGCUAUGGAAACACUUCUUGUGCACAAGGAUUUGGCAACUAAUGGUGGAAUUCAAGAACUCGUUAUAGGUCUUGAGAGUGAAGGUGUUGUUCUAUAUGGUGGCCCAAGAGCAAGCGAGCUAUUAAGUAUUUCUGAUGUGAGCUCAUUUCAUCACGAGUACAGCACAAGAGCUUGUGCAAUUGAAAUCGUCAAUGAUGUGGAUGCUGCCAUCAAACAUAUACACAAACAUGGAAGUGGGCACACCGAGUGCAUUGUUACAGAGGAUGCCCAAGUUGCUGAGUAUUUUCUACGACACGUUGACAGUGCUGCUGUAUUUCAUAAUGCCAGCACAAGAUUUUGUGAUGGAGCUCGUUUUGGUCUCGGGGCAGAGGUCGGUAUAAGCACAAGUAAGAUACAUGCCCGAGGUCCAGUAGGAGUCGAAGGCCUCUUAACAACCCGAUGGAUUCUCAGAGGGAAUGGACAAGUGGUUCAAGGUGACAAAGGGGUAACAUACACCCACAAGAGCCUUCCCAUAAAAUCUUGAUUUUUGAAAGAUUUAUGGUAUGAGAAGAUUCAUUUUUUGGCGUUUGUAGAGGCCAAUUUAUUUUAUUCUUACUGGAAAAAAUUGAUCUUCAGUUGUGUUGUUAUGUAACCAUACUCUUUAUCUUGUAAUAAUUUAAAUUUAAAUAGUGGGAGCCAAUUUAUGUGUCCCCUAGUUGGAUUAUGGGGAAGAACCUCAUCAUUUUAUUAAUAGAUAAAAAAUAGAUUUCUAAUUCA